AUGUCGCAAGAUCUGGAGAAGCAGAUACCGAUCCAGGAGGAGCCGGGGUCUGAAGCCCAAGAGAGUCACGUUGUUGGCCCCGAUAGCAAAGGUCUCUCGGCUCCCGCCACUGAAAAGUCGUCGCUCGACCAGCCCGCCCAAAACGAGCCUCCCAAGCCCGCUAAUCCAUGGAUGGACCCUUCUUCUUUUCCAGACGGCGGUCCCCAAGCCUGGCUCACCGUCGCUGCCGCUGCCGCCUGCUUUUUUGUUUCCUGGGGAUGGAUCAACUGUAUAGGAGUGUUUCAAGACGCCUAUAUGCGCGACGAGUUGAAGCAAUACUCGCCCAGCACCGUGGCCUGGAUUCCCUCGCUGGAAACCUUCUUUAUGCUUGCCACGGGGCCGGUCGCGGGAUUUAUCUUUGACAACUAUGGCCCGACCAAGCUGCUCAUUGUCGGUAGCUUUAUGCACGUCUUCGGGUUGAUGAUGGCCUCCAUCUCCAAGGAAUACUACCAGUUCCUCCUCAGCCAGGGCGUCUGCAGCGCCAUUGGAGCGUGUUUCAUCUUCACUCCGGCCGUCUCAUGUGUCUCGACAUGGUUCUUUCACAAGCGGGGUAUGGCUAUUGGUAUCACCGCCGCGGGCAGCUCUCUCGGUGGUGUGUUGUUUCCCAUCAUUGUCAGCCGUAUGAUCGACGAGACUGGGUUCCCGUGGGCCAUGCGCACCUGCGCAUUCCUGAUUCUGGGCCUGUGUACAUUCGCCAUCUUCACUCUGCGCUCUCGGUUUCCGCCAACUCGACGUCCUUGGAGCCUCAUGGCCUUCAUCCGCCCCCUCAAAGAGACGCCCAUGUUCCUGCUGGUUGGUGCCACCUUCUUCUUUUACUGGGGCAUGUUCCCCGUCUUCUCCUUCAUCACGGCUGUGGCCAACGAGAGGGGCAUGUCGCUGCAAUUGGCCCAGUACCUCGUCUCCAUUUUGAACGCUGGAUCUGUCUUUGGUCGAACAUUGCCAGGGCUAUUGGGUGAUCGGGUCGGGCGGUUCAACGUCAUGACGGUCUUCUGCACUCUGACAGCCAUUCUCAUCCUGGCUGUGUGGAUUCCUGCCAGCAGCAACGUCGGUCAACUGGUGUUUGCCCCUUUGUUCGGGUUUGCUUCGGGUGCAGCUAUUGGGUUGACGCCUGCUCUGAUCGCACAGGUGUCCCCAAUCAAAGAGAUCGGUGUGCGUACAGGCACAGUCUUUGCAGCGGGUUCGAUAGGCGCUUUGACUGGUUCGCCCAUCGGUGGAGCGUUGCUCACUCGCGACCACGGUCACCCGCUAUACCUUCAAUUGUUCGGAGGCUGUGUUUGUCUUGUUGGGUGUCUCUUCUUUGCGGCAGCUAGGAUACACCUCGUUGGCAUCGGCCUGAAGAAGAAAGUGUAG